CAGUCGGACCAUUCUGCUCACACCAAAUCUGCUUCAGCUGUAUCGUCAGACUCGGUCUCCACCUCGGCAGACAACUUCUCUCCAGACUUAAGGGGAUUUCCUGAUAUCAAAUUAAAACAAUCCUUCCCUCACAUUAAGAUAAAGAAAACGUUUUUGGGCGAGCCUGCACAUCAUUUGUGAGCUGACAUGAGCUCUCUGUGCCUGUCUUCACCAGGUCCUGAGAGAGGCUAAUAAAUUGGCUGAGAUGGAAGAGCCACCCUUGCUACCGGGAGAAACCAUUAAAGACAUGGCUAAGGAUGUUACUUACAUCUGCCCCUUCACUGGAGCAAUCAGAGGAACCCUUACUGUUACCAAUUAUAGACUGUAUUUUAAAAGCAUGGAACGGGACCCUCCUUUUGUCCUAGAUGCAUCUUUAGGUGUGAUCAACAGAGUGGAGAAAAUUGGAGGUGCUUCCAGUCGUGGAGAGAAUUCAUACGGGCUGGAGAUCGUGUGCAAGGAUAUUCGAAACUUGCGAUUUGCUCAUAAGCCUGAAGGGAGAACUAGACGAUCCAUAUUUGAGAACCUAAUGAAAUAUGCUUUUCCAGUUUCAAAUAAUCUGCCACUUUUUGCAUUUGAGUACAAAGAGGUUUUCCCAGAAAAUGGAUGGAAGGUGUAUGACCCCACUUGGGAGUACAGAAGACAGGGAAUUCCCAAUGAAAGCUGGAGGUUGACCAAGAUUAAUGAGCGCUACGAGCUGUGUGAUACAUACCCUGCCAUUCUGGCUGUGCCCGUAAACAUUCCCGAUGAAGAAUUAAAGAGAGUAGCAUCUUUCAGAUCAAGAGGACGCAUACCAGUGCUGUCAUGGAUUCACCCAGAAAGUCAAGCAACCAUCACUCGCUGUAGCCAACCCAUGGUGGGAGUGAGCGGCAAACGAAGCAAGGAAGAUGAAAAGUACCUUCAAGCCAUCAUGGAUUCUAAUGCUCAAUCCCAUAAAAUCUUCAUAUUUGAUGCAAGGCCUAGUGUCAAUGCUGUAGCCAAUAAGGCUAAAGGAGGGGGCUACGAGAGUGAGGAUGCCUAUCAGAACGCAGAGUUAGUGUUCCUGGACAUUCACAAUAUUCACGUUAUGAGGGAAUCGCUGCGAAAACUGAAAGAAAUUGUGUAUCCCAAUAUCGAGGAGACUCACUGGCUGUCUAAUUUGGAGUCAACUCACUGGCUAGAGCAUAUCAAGCUCAUUCUCGCUGGAGCCCUUCGGAUUGCUGACAAGGUGGAAUCGGGGAAGACAUCUGUGGUUGUACACUGCAGUGACGGCUGGGACCGGACAGCCCAGCUCACCUCCCUGGCCCUGCUCAUGUUAGAUGGCUACUACCGAACCAUCAGGGGCUUUGAAGUGCUGGUGGAGAAGGAGUGGCUGAGCUUCGGCCACAGAUUCCAGCUGAGAGUUGGCCACGGAGAUAAGAAUCACGCAGAUGCAGAUCGCUCUCCUGUCUUCCUCCAGUUCAUCGACUGUGUUUGGCAAAUGACAAGACAGUUCCCUACAGCGUUCGAGUUCAACGAGUACUUCCUGAUAACCAUCCUGGACCACCUGUACAGCUGCCUCUUCGGGACCUUCCUGUGCAGCAGCGAGCAGCAGAGGGUGAAGGAGAGCCUUCCAAAAAAGACCGUGUCGCUUUGGUCUUACAUCAACAGCCAACUGGAAGACUUCACCAACCCCUUGUACGUGAGCUACUCCAACCACGUCCUCUAUCCGGUGGCCAGCAUGCGCCACCUCGAGCUCUGGGUGGGCUACUACAUCCGCUGGAACCCCAGGAUGAAACCGCAGGAACCUGUCCACAAUCGCUACAAGGAGCUUCUUGCCAAGCGGGCUGAGCUGCAGAAGAAGGUGGAGGAACUGCAGAGGGAGAUCACCAACCGCUCCACCUCGUCCUCGGAGCGGGCCGGCUCCCCCGCGCAGUGCGUGGCCCCCGUGCAGACCGUCGUGUAACACAGACUCUUUACCCAGCACCUUCCCCAGGACCACGGGGGGGCAGCUUUUGCUGAAACCCUCUGAAUUUCCAGCCUGGUGUCUGGGAGAUGCCAAUCUAUUUAUUUAUUUCUCUUCCAGGGUAAUUUAUUAGUACUGUAGCACUAGAGGAAGCUUAAGCAAAAACAAAGGCGCCCCCCCCUAUGCAAUUAACCUUCUGAGUGGCUAGAUUGUAAUACAAGCUAAUUGCACUUGCCACCUAAAAGAAACCCAGAGCUCUUUCUUUCUUCACUUACGUGCUGGGAAUCACUUGGCUUUAAGGAGAGCCUGUGCACUAGAGUGAAGUACUGUGGAGGAAAAACAUCUGCUCAGAAGUUUGAAGAAUCUGCCCUUUGCUAGAAGGAAGAAUCAGAUCUGACUUUGUAUCAGAGCCUGUAACUCAGCUGUUGAGUCACGAAACCCUCCGCUAUUGAUGUCAGGGAGCAGUGUUAAUGGGAGCUUGUCAACCUACUGGGAGACAAGCCCCAAUAGAAUCUGACACAUAUCACCCUUUUCUCAGAACUUUUCCCUUCACGUUGCUCUAGAGCAUAGGAAGCCAUGUCAACGAUGCCUUAUCCCAAGAAAGGGCAGCUUCUACCAACAAGACACGGUAGUAGAGGAACAACCUCCGUGACUUAACUGUGUAGGACAAAGUUUACUUCUGGAUCUGCCACUUUAGAGUCUCCCUCAUGGUUUUCAUGGGGUGUGCCAGGACACAGCUCCAGCACCUUCAUUGCUGGGGGGGGGAGAAGCAGAGCAGGGCUCCCCCUGGGGCUCUCUGCAGCUCCUCUGGCCUCCAGUGCCUCACGCUCAGCAGGGGCAGGCAGGGCAGCUCCGGGGGGCACCUGGGACCUGCCCUGACCAGCCAUUUCAUGCAGCUCGGGUAAGCACGACCAGCGAUUCUACUGCUUCUGUGCAGGAUCCCAGUGGGGCACUUCAGGUGUUCCAGUUCUGGUAACCGAUGGAAGAGACUGCGUAUCAACCAAAGAAGCCUUUCUGCAUCCACUGCAACUGCUCCUUAAGGUUAUUCUGGUAGAACAAAGAGCUUAGCCAGUUCCUGAGCCCUACGGUUAGGUCUUUUUCCUCAGAGCAUGCUUCAAGAAUUAGUGUCACCUGACUCAACUUCAGUCAUAUACAAUUUUAAUGUAAAAUCCUACUGCAGAAGUGGAGAUAAAACACACCCUUGGUAACACCAGGACUGCCCCGUGGCUCUUCCAAGCAGAUAAGUAUGAGGCUGUGUUAGACCAGGCUUGCAGCGCAGUUACGUGUGUGCAAAGAUCGUUACUCCAGGCUGCUUCUCAUCCCCACGCUAAGGAAGAGGGACAGUGCUUGGUCCAGGAUCCUGUGUUGCUCUUUAAUGACAGGAUCCCGUACUGUGGUCACCUCUCUGACCCACCCACCAGCCUGCUGCUGCUUCACCCUGCCUCCCUUCCACGGGACAGAAGGGUUUUCUGAGAGGGUACAAGAAGGGACAAUUUACACUCAAGGAAUUGCCUGUCAAAAGCCACAUUGCUCUGAGGCAGUAACGAUAAGGAUCCCCUGCAGUCUCCAUUUCUGCCUGCAGUCCCCUGCCAUCAGUGUCAGCACCUACCCCAGAACCCAUAGCCACCCUCUGACAGGCCAUACAGCAUCACUGCGUUUGCUGGAGGGGGCUGAUGGUUCAGUAGCACGAAGAACCCCCCCAAAAUCCCUUCUGAAGGACUGGGGUGUGCUUUAAGGUGAAAGGGCAGCUCUGCCCUUACAUACAAUCACUAUAGAAGAUGGUUCAUAGUAUUAUUCUCUAUUAGCAAAGUGACUAUGUGUGUAUAUUUUGUUCCUUGAUGAAGGCUGUUUGGUUUCCUUAACACUAAUAAAAAUUGAUAAAUGGGUAAA